AUGGGCAACUCAACCAGCGCGAACAAGAUUUCAGCCCAGGAUAAGGCGAUCCUGGAUAUGAAGAACCAGCGCGAUAAGCUACGACAGUACCAGAAGCGCAUCACCGUCCUGACCGAUCGCGAGAAGGAGAUCGCCAAAGAGUGCUUAGCCAAAGGCGAUACGAAUAAGGCGAAGCUAGCGCUGAGGAGAAAGAAGUACCAAGAGGGUCUCUUAUCCAAGACUGAUGCUCAGCUAGCGCAGCUCGAGAUCCUGACGAGUGAUGUCGAAUUCGCUCUAGUCCAGAAGGAUGUCCUGUUCGGUCUGCAACAGGGAACGGCAGUGCUCAAGGAGAUACACAAGGAGAUGGGCGGCAUAGAGAACGUGGAGAAGUUGCUGGGCGAGAACGAAGAGGCUCGGGCUUAUCAAGAGGAAAUCAGCGAACUCCUCGCGAACAAAAUGUCGAACCAAGACGAAGACGAAGUUGAAGACGAGCUCGAUGCUCUCGAAGCCGAGGUCAACGGCACCGUGCCUGCACUGCCCGACGCGCCCGUUGCCCAACCACAGUUCACACCCGAAGAGAAGGCGCAGAUGGCCAAGGACAGAGCGGCGAGAAGGGCGAGGGAAAGGGCUGCCGAGCAGGCAUCGCAGCCCAUGCUGGCAUGA